GUGUCUGGGAUUAGAGGAGAAACCAGGCGGUGUGCUCAACUCGUGUCGCCAUGAAGGAAGGAGGCAGGGUCUGUGAUGGGAAGGCCUUCCCACGCUGAGGCCUGGGGUGAGUCCUGGGGUCCUCCUCCCCCACCUGCCCCCUGUCCAUCUGUCAGAUCCCUCCUCUGCCAAGAGCAGCUCUGUGAGGUCCACAGUGAGCACGAAGCACUGAGCACAGGACCACCUUAGUGCGCGCUCACCGUGGGGACUGUCUCCAUCGUUUUUGCUGACUGUCCCCUUUGCUUUCUUGGCAUUUGGCCUCAAGGCCCAAGGCUCUGUCCAGCUGAUUGUGUUUCCUGCUUGGCUGCUGCCUCCCAGGCCCCUGCAUCAUAUGUUUACUGACUCACUCAGAUAUACCCCCUCCAACCCCCACCCUCCACCAAACCACAUCCCUCUUUGAUGUACUGUUUGGAUUUUCCCAUCUUGUUGCUGGAGAGGAUCUGCUACCAGCUGCCUGGUGCCUUCUCCCCCCACCCCAAGAAAACCCCCUGAAAUUGCCUCUCUACCUCCACCCAUUUCAGGGGACCCACCACGUGUCCCCUUGGCUAAAGUCCCAAGGGCCGAGGGACCCCUGCUGCCACGAGUGGGGGCCCCUUGAGGCUGGGUCCUCUUGUUCUGACUGCCUGCCCACCUCAGGAAAAAAGCACCCCACAGACAGGUGGAGAAGGCUAAGGCCAAAGGCAGAGAGGCAGAAGCUCCAGUGGCCUUUUUGCUGAGCCCCCAGCACCCUAGUGUGAGCGGAGAGCCACAGUGGUUCUCAACGUAGGGAUGGGAAGGGUGAGCACACAUCCUGGGCUGCGACUUGUGCAGGGGUGGGGGUGGGGGGUCAUUCCCUGAACCCCUGCCAGCGCCCCCACGGUGACAGCAGCUGGCAAUUUCUAAGGAGCAAGUUGUAGUAUUGACCCAGGCACUUGUUCACAAGGCCUGACCUGGAUUCACGGCCCCCACUUGACAGCUGGAGACCAGAACCACACAGGCAGGCACCAGGCUCAGGACCCGGGCAGGCUGGCCCCGAGCCCAUGCCUCUGACCACUGUGCUGUUGCCUGCAAGUCCCACUACUGAGUCCAUUUCACGGAGGGGAAGACGGAGGCUCAGAGCAGCCAUGUGGGAGGGGAGUGGAGCCAGCGAGGGCCCUUUAGGGCACAGCGACAACUAGACACAGGGACAGACUCAGACUGUCACAGGGAACAUGCGGCCCCAAGGCCAGACACCCCCCCACCCCCGCCCCAGGAAUUAAGGAGACAGAGCACAGAGGAGGGCAGACACAGGGACCCUGAGACCAGGCACCCUUAGCAUGGUUACCUGAGCAUUUAUUUCCGGCCUUCCAACCGCCCCAGAACUAUUUGGGGCAAGAGGAAGAAAAUAGACUGAUUUGCUUCCUCUCAACCCCCUUUCCCCAACGCCCACCCCCUCCAGCCUCAACUAAAUUCUAAGCACCUGACCCUACAACCCAGGAAAGUAGUUUCAUUUCCCCCACUGCAGAUUUCUCAAAGGGAGGGGAGGGCGGGGCUCAGCUCAUUGUUUAAGGACCAAGAAGGGGGCCAGGGCAGACCUUUGGAAGCAACAGGAGAGAGAGGGUGGUACUGCUGUCCACAGAGAGCCAAAGGUAGAGGGGAGGCUGCCAGGAAACUGGGACCCACAGAAAUAGACACAGGGAGACAGGGCAGAGGAGAGGGGAACAGAGAAGAGAAGGACAAGGAGGGCAGGGACGGGGACAGGGGGCAGAUAGGUGAGCACAGAACAGGAGACUGCUAGAAGGGGAAGAUGGAGGCAUGAGGCUCCAGAGAGACGGGUGGCCUUAGGGACGGGGCCUGGGGUGGGACCCAGGCCCCUGUCACAGUGGCCCUUGCUUCCCCUCCAAACUAGACACCAUCUCGCGCGGAGAGUUAUGGCCUCGUCGGCCCGGUACUUGCUUGUCCUGAUCUCCAUCUUCUUCAGCCUGGUGGCCUCCCUGGACUGGAAGACUUCCCAUAGCCAGGAUCCCUUUGAGAAAUGUAUGCAUGAUCCUGACUAUGAGGUGCUGCUCAAGCUUGUGACCUUGGGCCUCAAUCGAACCUCAAAGCCCCAGAGGGUGAUUGUGGUUGGUGCCGGUGUGGCUGGGCUGGUAGCUGCCAAGGUGCUCGGUGAUGCUGGACACAAGGUCACCAUCCUGGAGGCAGACAACAGGAUCGGAGGCCGCAUCCUCACCUACCGGGACCGGAAGACAGGCUGGAUUGGGGAGCUGGGAGCCAUGCGCAUGCCCAGCUCGCACAGGAUCCUCCACGAGCUCUGCAAGAGUCUGGGACUCAACCUGACCAAAUUCACUCAGUAUGAUGAGAACACGUGGGUAGAGGUCAACAACCUGAAGCUGCGCAACUAUGUGGUGGAGAAGAUGCCAGAGAAGCUGGGCUACAAGCUGCGCCCCAGGGAGAAGGGCCACUCGCCCGAAGAAAUCUAUCAGAUGGCUCUCAACCAGGCCCUCAAAGAUCUCAAGAAACUGGGCUGCAGAAAGGCAAUGAAGAAGUUUGAAAGGCACACGCUCCUGGAAUACCUCCUCGGGGAGGGGAACUUGAGCCAGCCGGCCGUUCGGCUCCUGGGAGACGUGAUGGCCAAGGACGGCUUCUUCUAUCUCAGCUUCGCGGAGGCCCUAAGGGCCCACAGCUGCCUCAGCGACCGGCUCCGGUACAGCCGCAUCGUGGGCGGCUGGGACCUGCUGCCGCGCGCGCUGCUGAGCUCGCUGUCGGGGCCAGUGUUGCUGCACGCGCCUGUCGUGGCGAUAACGCAGGGGACGCACAAUGUGCGCGUGCACGUCGCGAGCUCGCGCGGGGCCCGGAGUCUGAAGGCCAUGACCGCCGAUGUGGUGCUGCUCACCGCGAGCGGGCCGGCGCUACAGCGCAUUGCCUUCUCGCCGCCGCUGACGCGCAGCGGGCAGGAGGCGCUGCGCGCGCUGCACUACGUGCCGGCCACCAAGGUGUUCCUGAGCUUCCGCCGGCCCUUUUGGCACGACGAGCACAUCGAGGGCGGCCACUCGAGCACCGCCCGCCCGUCGCGCGUGAUAUUCUACCCGCCGCCGGGAGAGGGCGCGCUGCUUCUGGCUUCGUACACGUGGUCGGACGCGGCCACCGCCUUCGCCGGCCUGAGCCAGGAGGAGGCGAUGCGCGUGGCGCUCGACGACGUGGCGGCGCUGCACGGGACGAUCGUGUACCGGCUCUGGGACGGCAGCGGCACAAUCAAACGCUGGGCCGAGGACCCACACAGCCAGGGCGGCUUCGUGGUGCAGCCGCCGACGCUCUGGCAAGACGGCGGGGACGACGGGCAGGACUACGACUGGUCAGUCCCCUACGGCCGCAUCUACUUCGCCGGUGAGCACACGGCCUACCCGCACGGCUGGGUGGAGACUGCUGUCAAGUCGGCGCUGCGCGCGGCCAUGUUAAUCAACAGCCGCGAAGGGCACAGCCGCGAGGGGCACAGCCGCGAGGGGCACACUCUGGUCAACGAGGAGGGGCUCGUGCGCCAGGUGCCCAGCCGUCCCCGGUGCGAGUUCCAAAAGGCCGGUGCCACCCACGCUCCGGCCCCACAUGGGAUGACUGCUCAGCACACCAAGAGACCCGAGCAUUAAAAAUGUAUUUUCAGAAAAA